CUUCUCACAAACUAUUACUAUUUCUGAUUUACUAGAAUGAUAUAAAAUAUCGUUUUUUUUUGUUUUGUUUUGUUUUUCCUUUCCUUUUUUUUUUCUAACUAAAAAUUAUGACAAAAGCUGUUGUAAAAUUAGAAACUGGUACUAUUCCUACAAAGGACACACAGUUGAAGCUAUCAGGCAUUGUUUCUAUUCCACCCAUUGCUAUUGGUGCAUGGCAAUGGGGGGAUAAGCAAGUUUGGAAUUGGACUCCAGAAGCAGAAAAGGACGCAAAAGAAGCCUUUAAUAAAGCCUUUGAAUUAGGUAUUCCGUUCUAUGAUACAGCUGAGGUGUAUGGUAAUGGUGAAUCUGAAAGAGAAAUUGGUUGUUUUCGAAAAGAGUAUAGCCAAGAAGAUCAACAUCGUAUGGUGAUUACAACAAAAUAUUUCCCUUAUGAGAAUCGUACUCAAUUCCCUGAUGUUUUAUUAUCUGCUCUCAAGGAUUCCUUGUCAAGAUUGGGUAUGUUUAAAGCGGAUCUUUAUCAAAUUCAUGCAGCCAUUCAUCCUGUGGAAAUCGAAGUUGUUGCGGAUGCCUUGGCUGAUGCUUAUGACGCUGGUUUAGUCAAGACAGUAGGUGUCUCCAACUAUAGCAAAGAAGAAGUCGAACGUAUGCAUAAGGCUCUUCAAAAACGUAACGUACCAUUGGCCUCGAACCAAAUUUGCUUCUCUCUCAUUCGUACUUUACCUGAAAAAUCAGGAUUGAUUAAAGCAUGCCAUGAUUUGGGUGUAGCCAUUCUAGCCUAUUCACCUCUCGGUAUGGGUAUUUUGACAGGUAAAUUUGGUUCAAAGGGACCAUGGCCAGAGGGUCGUAAAGAAACGUUUGGUUCAUUAGAUACAGAACAAUUAGGUCAUCUUUUGGAUGUUCUCAAGAGAAUGAGUGAAAGGUAUGAACGUUCUCAAAGUGCAAUUGCUCUUAAUUGGUGUAUUGUAAAGGGAACUAUCCCACUUGGUGGAGCACGUACUGCUCAGCAUGUAGAACAAAAUCUGUUGGCCUUAGGGUUCCGUUUAUCAGAUGAGGAAGUGGCUGAAUUAGAUAAAUUUGCCUUUGUAGGUGAAACAAACCGUUGGCAGCAUGGAUAAUAAAUAAUAAAACUUUUAUUUUUUAUUUUUUAUUUUAUUUUUUUUUCUUUUUUAAUUUUAUUGUGUGCGUGUGAGAGAGUGAUG